AUGGUAAGUAGUACUCGUUCUAGACAAAGUGCUAAGGAUAAAGAAAAUAGUAAUCGGAGGCUGACCCGAAGUGGCAAGAAAGCAAAAAUCAAAUCACGUCUUAAUGUAUCAGGUACAGCUGGUAUCAGAAAGUCUCCUAGAGAAACACCUUUGAAGAAGAUAAUUGCAAGCUCUUCAAGUACUCAAACCUCCAAGCAGGUAGAGAAGAGAAUACUACCAACUCCUGAAGCUAGAAGGAAGUCUAAGAGGGUUGAGAAAAGGAAGAUACCAAGUCCUUUGAUAAGAUCUGGAAGAACUAAGAAUCAUUCUUCUUCUAGUCCUUCAAAUUCUAAAAGUGCAGGGUCUUUGGGUUCAAUUUCAAGGCAGAAGCUACAAAAAGAGAAGAGCAUGAAACAAUUGAUUUUUGAAACCGAAGUGCACGAAAACGAGGAACACAGUGUAGGGACUUCCCAGGCGAAAUCUAAGAGAAUGGAUGCUCGUACAUAUCGGGCUCUCUUUAGAAAUCAAAAGAAAGAUUGCCUUGAGAAAUCUAAUAGGAUUAGCAAGUCAAAUCAGGAAGGUGACAACAGUAGCGGAGACAAGACUGAUGAGUUAUCUAAACAAAGUUGUUCAGAUAAUAAAGACGUCUCAAAGAGUGCUACAUUACCAUCUGAAGAUGCCAAAGCAAAAGAGACCGGACUUGAUUCUAGGUUGAGUCGGCCUAUAACGAGUCUAGCAGAAAAUAAUGUGACUCCUGGUUCAUUUAUUCCAUCUAACACCCCAACUCAUGAGACUAGUGAGGUAUCUAGAAGUUCACAGCCUGAUUGCUGCAGGGAGGAGAAAUUUCCAUCAUCUGGAAACUCUAUAUUAGAUCAUAGGAUUAGCAAGUCAAAUCAGGAAGGUGACAAAAGUAGUGGAGACAAGACUGAUGAGUUACCUAAACAAAGUUGUUCAGAUAAUAAAGACGUCUCAAAGAAUGCUACAUUACCAUCUGAAGACGCCAAAGCAAAAGAGACCGGAAUUGACUCUAGGUUGAGUCGGCCUAUAAUGAGUCUAGCAGAAAAUAAUGUGACUCCUGGUUCAUUUAUUCCAUCUAACACCCCAACUCAUGAGACUAGUGAGGUAUUUAGAAGUGCACAGCCUGAUUGCUGCAGGGAGGAGACAUUUCCAACAUCUGGAAACUCUAUAUUAGAUGACAAGGACUUGGCCAGUAACAAUGUUAAGCUUGGCGGGGGUGAAAAAUUGACACCUUCUAAGAGAAAGGUAAUCACAGUGGACAUGGAUUCAAAUGUUUCUUCCACGUUAUCCAAAGGAGACAACGGCGAUAAUAUCCUUGGUGCUCUCCCUUCAAAGCUAUGUGGUAACAAGUCAUGUUCCAAACACAUAAGGUUAGAUUACUAUCCUACAGUCAAGGAGUCCUGUGACCCAUGUGCAGCCGAGCAUCAGGACGGAGAUGACAUUGAGGCAACCAUGCUGCAGAAGGAUAAGAGUGAUCACACAAGUGAAAUUGGACACCAGAAGGAUAGCUUUGUGGAAGACAAAAAUAUUCUUGAUGGUCAAAGUGAUACUGAAAAAGGCGGUUUAAUAUAUAAUUCCAAUAAAAGUGUUGUUCAACCGAAGGAGAAAUCGUCAAGUCAUAUUGCAAACAAAUGCAACUCUGACUCCUUUAGGUUUGUUGAGUAUUGGGUUCCUGCACAGAUAUCUCAUGUGCAGCUUGAGCAGUAUUGUGCUACUUUACUUUCAAACGCUUCAAUUCUUUGCUCAUCACCAAAGGUUGAUAGUGUUGGGGCCAUUCGUGAUGUCCUUAUUUCAACCCGUAAGUGUUGUAAUCAUCCAUAUGUUAUUGAUCCGUCCAUGCAAACUCUACUAGUCAAGGGCCUUGAAGAAGUUGAGUAUCUGAACGUUGGAAUAAAAGCAAGUGGCAAGCUGCAACUACUUGAUUCAAUGCUCAAGGAGUUGAAAAAAAAUGAUUUAAGGGCACUAUUACUUUUUCAGUCUAUUGGAGGUUCUGGAAAGGAUUCAAUAGGAGAUAUUUUGGAUGACUUUCUGCGACAAAGAUUUGGUCUGGAUUCAUAUGAAAGAAUUGAUAAAGGUGUUUCGCCUUCCAAGAAGCAAGCUGCCAUGAAGAAAUUUAACGACAAGAAUAAUAAGCGAUUUGUCUUUUUGAUGGAAACAAGUGCCUGCCUUCCUAGCAUAAAGUUGUCAUCUAUCGACACUAUUAUUAUAUAUGAUAGUGAUUGGAAUCCAAUGAAUGAUAUUAGAUCCCUUCAGAAGAUAACACUUGAUUCACAGUUUGAAUUGAUCAAAAUGUUCCGUCUUUAUUCAGCUUUCACUGUUGAAGAGAAAGCGUUAAUACUUGCUAGGCAAGCUAAGACCCUGGACAUAAAUACUCUAUCUACAAACCGGAGUCUCAGUCAUACACUAUUGAUGUGGGGUGCAUCUCGUCUUUUUGAUGAGUUGGGAAUUUUCCUUGAUAGUGCAACUUCUACGUCAAGUCCAAAACCAUUGCUGGAAGAAACAGUGUCACAGUUCUCAUCAUUUAUAUCUGAUGCUGCUGAAGAUUCUGAAACAAGCAACCACUCAAUUUUAUUGAAAGUCCAGCAAAAUGGAGGAACAUACUGUGCUAGUUCUCCUUUAUUUGGUGAGCUGAAAAUUGGGUCGCUGGAUGAAGAGUCACCACAAAAUUUUUGGACUAAACUAUUGGAGGGGAAACAGUUUCAAUGGAAGUACUCAUGUAGUUCAUCUCAACGGAGCCGGAAGAGAGUUCAGCCUUUUAAUAAUCUGGAAGGUGAGUCUGACUUUGUGUAUGAAGGCAUAGCAAAGAAGCGCGUGAAAGUGAGCAACAAUAUUGUUGAUCCGCCUUCAUCGAAAUCUGAAGGUGAAAAGUUAUCUACUGAAAUCAAGGCAGGAACCUUUGGUGAUCUAGUGGAUAAACCUAAGGGUAAUGAUGUUGGAUUUGAGAGAAAUGGCAGUGCGCGUGAUGAGCAGGGGAGCUUACAUCUUUUGCUGAAGCCGCAGAUCACAAAGCUCUGUGAAAUUCUUCUUCUCCCAGAUAAUGUCAAGAAGAUGGUUGACCGUUUUCUUGAGUAUGUUAUGAACAAUCACCAUGUCAGUAGGGAACCUGUGUCAAUGUUACAGGCUUUUCAAAUAUCUCUGAUUUGGACUGCUGCUGCUAUGCAAAAGCACAAACUUGACCACAAGGGUUCUCUUAUUCUUGCAAAACAACAUUUGAAUUUUGACUGUAAGAAAGGAGAGGUGAACUACAGUUAUUCUCUGCUGCGGUGUCUAAAAAAAAUAUUUAAACAUCGUACCGGCAUUUGUAGCUAUACUUCUUUUCCCCAAGCUUCUAAUAUGAUUGAAGUUGAACUGUUCAAGAAAGAUUUGUCCAAAAGCAUUAAAGAAACUAAAAAAAAGUGUGAAAAAAUGCUGAAUAACAUAUGCCUUCUGCAACAUGAAGAGAAACAUAGGUUGAGAACGGCUAUUGAGGUUGAACAGGCUGAAUUGGAGAGAAAACACAAAAUAGAGCUAGCAUUCACUCGGUCCUGCUCUCCUAAUGAGGUGACGAGAACAGAAACACUCAAGAUUUUGAAUAUUGACCAGCAAAAAAGUAUUGAAGAACUGAAAUUUCAGCAUGAAUUAAGACUCAAGGAACUUGAGGACGAACAAUCAGCUCAUAUGCUAAAGGCUCAAGACUGGGGGCCAACUUGGGUGGAAUAUGUGAAGUCUUGGGCAAAAAAUGAAUUGCAAAGCAUUGUUGCUUCAAAGGAACUUGGGACUGAGGUUGAUUGCUCGCGGAUGAUUGAUAAUGUGAUUGAACCCAUGAAAGAGACAGGGAGCAUGGUUCCUGAAACCAAUUCCUCUUCAGUUAGUAAAACAGUUGAACAACAAGAUUCUCUGGGCAAGCAUGACAGUGCUAAUGAAGUGGGCAUUAUGGUUUCAAAUCGUCUACCAGUCUCUGGAAGUGAGGACCAUAAUGAAACGGAAAAUCAUUAUGUCAGUCAGGAAAACAUUAUCUCUAAACAUUUUCAUUCUAGAGAACAGAACUUUGAUGGUGCUACAAGCAUCACAGAUGAAGAUAAUAGGUGUGAGAAUUUUGGUCAUAGGUCUCAAGAUGAUUGUGAGAGGCCUAGCUUAGAUACCUCGUGCUUGCCAGAUUGUAGAGAACGUAAUUCUGAUGGUGCUACAAGCAUGACGGAUGAAGAAAAUAGGUGUGCAAGUUUUGGCCAUGGGUCUCGAGAUGGUUGUGAGAUGCCCAGUUUAGGUACCAAGUGCUUGUCAGUUUGUGAGAAUGGAACACAUCUAAAUCAUCAAUAUUGUGGUGGAGUCCCCUCAAGUGUACCUGAAAGGCAAAUUUCAGUUGAAGUGCAAGAAACUAAUAAUGAAGGGGACUAUGUAAAUGUAUCAGAAAGUCAAGUGCGAGUUGAAAUGCCUGCGGCCGUCAAUUUUACUGAUUGUCUGCUUCAGAAUGCAACUCAUCUGAACCCCCCUUCAUAUGUGGAUCAAAUAUCCGGUAGAAGUUCAAUAGGUGUGCCAGUUUUAGAUGGUGUUUUAUCUUCAAGGCCUUGUCAAGUUGCUUGUUCAACCAGUUGUGGAGAUACCAUUUCCCUUUCAAAUCCACCUUUGGAGCAACAAAUACAUGAUGGGGUCUUGAGUAUUCCUGAUGGAGAUAUCCCUAUUAUAGUGCCAGAAAAUUGCCAUACAGUGGCUGAUUGUCAUAAGGAUAUAGAGUCUUCAGCAAAUGCUAUAUUGGUGGAUAAUAGUACCACAAGUAACCAGGAGGGAAGAGUACUUGUAACCGUGACCAGUUCUCCAGUAUCUGGACAAGUUAAUGUCACGGAGCCUCUAGAACAAGGAAAACAAUUGCCAUCUGUGGAGUCCGCCGCUGACAAAUCAACUGGGGAAAUGCAAAAUUAUUCUGAACAAGUUCAACUGGCAUCUAGUUCAGCUAAUGUUGUACCAGCUAAUCAAAUCACGAUGCCUCCGAAACAGGUGCAUCAAUUAGCAGCUGCAGAGUUCUCGUCCGACUUGGCUAUGUCUAAUUUUCAUUUAGCAACUGAAGAUGAACAUCGGCCGAUCAGUGUACAUGAUCUCCCCAAUCAUUAUCCUCAGGUAUCUUCUGUGACUCCAGAUAUUGGGCAACCACACCCAAAUUCAGCACAUGGAUCACAUUCAAAUCAAGUUGCUGUGCACCCUGCCUUAAGUUCAGAUCUUGAUUCACUUACAGCCAGUAGAGUAAGAGCACAGUCUGCCAACCCAAGAAAUUUGUCAACUCCAUUGGAAAUGAAUAAUCAUCCUAUCCAAACUACAGUCCCUUCACCUUCCAGAAGGCCUCCUCGUUUGUCCUAUGAUCCACUGAAAGUAGAUGUUGAAAGAAUACAGAAAUUAAUAGAACAAUCUUUGAAAAACAAUGAAGAUUCGAAAUUGCGGCUGAAAUCGGAAUUUGAAAAGGAGUUAGCGGAGCUUCGAAGAAAGUAUGAUGUUAAAUUUCAGGAGGCUGAAGUUGAAUUUCAGCAAACAAAAAAGACUCUGGAAACCAAUCUUAAGACGGUUUGUGUGAGUAGGAUCUUGGCACAUGCUUUUAGGUCUAAAUGCUUGGAUCUUAAAGCCGGUGCAUCAGGAGUGCAGCAUGAUUCAAUUCCACAGCAGCUGCUUCAACUUUCGAGACAACAAACUGCUACUCGCUCGAUCUCUGGUUCUUCUGGUGAUCCUCCUGCGACCAGUCUGUCGAGCCCCUCCAUUGCUCCUAACUCACAAAAUACGGUACCACCUGGUUACAAUGCGUCAGGAACUUUCUCUGGUUUCUCUGCAAGACCACCUAUUGUAAACACUACUACUACUACUACUCCUAUUAUAAACACUACUAGAUGUCCUAUCAUAAAUAUUACUACUCCUAUCCUAAACACUACUAGGUCUUCAAUCGUCCGAGGUAGUCAAACUGGUGGUGAGAUACGCGCCCCUGCACCUCAUCUCCAAUCUUCUAGACCCCAAAUAUCUGUUCCACCCUCUUGUGCCCCUGCACCUCAUCUUCAAUCUUCUAGACCUCAAAUAUCUGUUCAAACCUCCAGUUUCCAUCCACUUCUCCGCGGGAUUCAAAGCCAGACAUCUCCUAGUAACGUUCAAACAACUUCUCCCUCUCAUGCUCAUGUUCCAUCCUGGCAAAGAACGGCAACCUCUCAGUCUGAUCCACAAAUCGGACGCAGGCCUGACAGUGCAGGCAGGUUAGCUGCUCCUGACUUACUUUACAUGGGAUUACAUGGGAGUGCUAGCAGUCAAUCUACUACUGUAACCCCUCCAAAUGUUAUUUCACGUUUGUCAGAUCUGGGUCCCGAUAACAUAUCCAGAAUUGAGCCCAACAGCAGUAGCGUUGCAGCUAACUCAUCGCAUCAAGCUGCAUCUCAUGGCUUAGUAUGUUUAUCAGAUGACGAUGACUGA